UCGACUGUUUGUCUAAGGCCUGAUAAUAUAAUUCCUUGUACAUAUUCGUACAAAGGUGUAACAAUCCCUAAUUUCGAAUGUAGCACUGCGUCGACAUUUCUACCGUUUGGGCUCAUUAUUCGUCACUUUUACCUGAAAUAUUACCAAGAUGAACACGUUAAUAACCACACUCCUUCUCUUCACCUUCCUCGGUGUUUCGUCAGCCUACUUCUGUUGGGAUUGUUCUAGUGAUGACUUUCAAGACGGAGCAACCUGCGCCGACCCAUUCGCGAAGGCCGACUCUGAUCUCAUUAAGAGACAGUGCUCAGGAGAUUGCUUCAAAGAGGUCAUAACUUUUGGAGACGGUGGCGUACAGUACCGACGAGGUUGUGACGCAUGUACAAAAGGGUGCUCAACUGUCGGAACAACAAGAACAUGCCGAGAGUGUUGCUUAGGGCAACUCUGCAAUAGCGCCGACAACGUUCACGUCAACCAAGUGGCCGCGAUAGUUACGUCAUGUUUGGCCACCCUCUACUAUUUUCUUUAACAAUGUAAUGUAGAUUCCUUUUUAUUUCUUCCAUAUUCUAAUGCAAUAGAGUAUACAACUUUUGAUUAACGAGGAAACGUAUCUUUCCUCCUGUGUUUGAACUUUUGUAACAAUACUGCCAUGGGAGCGGGGAGGGGGUCACUGAGGGCGCUUUCUAUAUAUAUAUCAACUAGUGUCCCUUUAUAAAGAAACAGUAAAAUCAACAUUCAUUUUCUGAAAGUUUUUAACAAUUUUAGAAAUAUAAUUUAUGAAUAAACAAAUGAGGUAUAGAAAAUAAGCUUCUACCACCUUACUGUCAGAACAUGAAACGACGGAUGCUGGAAAAUGAAGUGCCAGUAAAUAAUAUAGCUUAUUUCAAAAUUCCGAGGUGGAGGAGGGCUGUACCCCCCCCCCCCCCGCCCCCCAUACCCUCCCACCGGCUCCUUCGCUUCUGAUGUAAGGGUAUCAGCAAUGUGGUACGUACAUAACUUUUCUCGUCAU